AUGUCCCUUGACUUUGAUAGCGGAGCUCUACAAACUCAACAUGAAGAUGAAGACUAUGACCAAGAGGAUUAUGCAAGAGAACAAGAGUUGCAACAACUAUUGACAGACCUUCCCCAUGAUAUGCUGGAGGACAGUGGAGACCAGCUCUCCAGCUAUUCGGACUGUAGCAUUCAUGAGACUGAGGAGCAAUCACAUGAGCCUGGGAAGCAUGAUGGAAGGUGGAACGAUCAUCCGUUGAUAAGUGAUCCUCAAAAUGGUUAUGAACAAGGACAAAAUCUGUACCCUGAACAAUUCUUGUGUGACCAGCAAAGUGAUCACGUUGAAAAACAUGGAAAGAACUGGAAUGGUCUACAUAACGAUGAAGAGGAGAAACAUUUAUAUGAUGUUAAGGAAGAUUACUGUGGCCAGAACGGUCAAGAGGAUCCUGAUGAUGUGUAUCUUGGUAGAGAUGGGUUUAAUGCUCCAAGUUGCUAUCAACAGAACAAUGUGUAUCAUCUUCCAGAAAACUUCAAGCCAUAUGCAAAUGGCCAUAAACCAGAAUUUAACAGUCAAAGUAAAAUAAUAAAUUUUCCCAAUGCUCCAAAGGAACAUCUUAAGCAAUUUGUUGCAUCUGACAUUGUCAGUGGCCAGUCGCCAGAAUCUUACAAAGUGACUUAUAAACCAUACCAAAACGGCAUUCAUCAAAAAAUUCCAAUAAUCCAAGAAGGAACCAGAAGAAAUGAAGUGUUUGAAGAUUUGCAGCGUGAAUUCUUGGGCAAUGAUGAAAAUUCUUCAGAAAAUAUGCAGAUUCUUCAACUUCAAGUUCUAAAUAAGGCAAGAGAAAGACAACUGGAAGAACUUAAUGAAAAGCUAGAAAAGAGUGCACAGCAGAUUAGGUAUUUGAAUCAUCAGCUUUCAAUGGUCAAAGAUGAAAAGGAUGGUUUGGCUGUUAGUCUUCGUGAGUCUCAAAAACUCUAUCAGAAUGGAAAGGAACGGGAAGUGCAUCUUGAAGGUCAAAUAAAGGCCCUUGAAACUCAAAUCCAGACUCUUACUACCAAUGAGGAGCAGAUACUGAAGCAAUCCAAAGUGGCAGAGGUUGCCAUGGAAAGCAUGCAGAAGCAGCUGUUAGAACUUCAGCGAUCAGAUGCCCUUCAGCGAGCCAGAGAACAACACGAGGCCAUUGUUUCAGGACUCAAGCAGAAAUAUGAAAAGCAAGUAUUAUCAUUAGAGCAGAAACUUGAUACUACAAAAUCUGCACUCCGAGAGCAGAAAGAGCUUUGCAAAAAUCUAGGAGAGCAUGUUAAGCAACUUGAAAAAAUGCUGGAAGAAACCAAAUGCGAAAAAACUGAAAUAAUAAAUCGACUGACAAGAAGUCUAGAAGAAAGCCAAAAGCAAUGUGCAAACUUACUGCAAACAGGCUCGAUGCAGGAGACAAAUCAGUUACGGUUUCAAUUGCAACAAGCUCAGUCUGCACACAUGAUAAGCAAUAACAUGAACAAGGCUUUGCAGGAAGAAUUAAUGGAACUGAAGGAAGAAAUAGCUUUGUAUGAAUCUGCUGCCAAGCUUGGAGUAUUUUUGAAUGAUGCAGGUGGAGAGCUGCAUACGAACCUGGGUGAAUCCUAUGUAGAUUUGGGAAUUAAAAAAAUCACUGGGAAGAAACCAAGGUUCUGCAGUGCAAUGCAGAACAGAGACGUGGAUAAAGAGCUCUCUAAAGAUGAAAUUAUUGUAGAAUUAAAAGCUGAGCUGGAACGUUUAUUGAGCAGUAAUAAAACGAAGAGAAAACAGAUUACUCAAUUACAAAAUGAUCUUAAAGACUGCCAGAAGACAUUAGAGGAAUACAAGCAGUUAUUGAAAGCAGAAAAAGCAUCAAAAGAGUCAGAGCUUGUCACAAACCUGAAUGAUGCUUUGGUGGCUAGACCUUCGGUUUCUGAUAAUCUUAAGGAAGAAGUUCUGAGACUCAGAAAGGCUAAUGAAACUUUGCUGCAAGAAGCUGAGAACCAUACUUUGACUAUUGAAGAACUGAAGGAAAAUGAGGAAAAACUGAAAAGAUUAAAUCAAGACCUCUGUUGUCAGAUGAGAAAGAUGGUUCAGGAUUUUGAUCAGGAUAAACAAGAAGCCAUUGACAGGUGUGAAAGAACUUAUCAGCAACAUCAUGAGGAUACAAAAGCGCAUUUUGAGAAAGGCCUGCUGGAGAGGUAUGCUGCAGAAAAACAGCAGCUUGUUCAAACUUACGAACAGACAAUCUCGCAGUUGAAGGCUAACAUAGAGGAGCUGAACAGAGAGAUGACUGCAGUGAAGGAAUGUUACAUCGGAGUCUGUGGGGAGAAGGACACCUUGGAAGCUACUUUGAGGCAGAAAUUUGAGCAAGAGCAGCAGCUGAAGGAAGAGAAGCUCAAGAAACAGCUACUAGAAGAAAAAGAAGACUCUCUUAACCUUCUGAGGACUGCGCUUGAAGAGAAACACAGCAGUUCUAUGACAGCAGCAAAGAAGCAGUGGCUGGAAGAAAAAGAACAGCAGGUUGAAGAGGAAGUUGCAUUAGCCAAAAUUCACUGGGAGAAGGAAUUAAAAGAGAAUAAAGAGCAAGUCUUUGCAAAAAUAGAAAGAGAAUGGCAAAGUAGGUUGGAAGAAACAAGAAGAACUGUCGUUGAAUGUAAUGACUGCAGCAGCCAAACUGACCGAGUAACAGUUGUGGAUGAAGCUUCAGCUGAAGAGUUAGAAGGGAUUGUUGAAGAUCAGAGGCUGCAGAUCCAGAAGGCUCUGAAAGAAAGUAUGGCCUCUGAAGAGGCCUUAAAAGAAUUUGAAAUAGAACUGGAAAAUAAAUACCGUAAAAAUCUUGCCAGCCAGGUAGAUGCAGCUUUAACCCAAGCUCGUGCCAGGUGGCUGCAAGAAUUAACAGACCUCAAAGAGUACAAAGUAAAUCUAAAGAUAGAACAAGAAAAAUGGGAAGAAGAACACAAAGAGACUGCAGCAAAGCAGUUAGCCCUAGUUCUCUCAGCUGCUGAAGAGAAAUGGAAGAAAGAACAUGAGCAUACAGAGAAAUCUGGACCAAGAAUGAAAGAACUUGAAGAAAAGGUAAUUUCUCUCAAGAAGGAAUUGGAGCUAAAGAAAGAAGAAAUCCCCGCAGCUAUCAAAGCAGAACUAGCAAAAGCCCGUGCUCAGUGGAACAAAGAAAAGCAAGAAGAAAUCCUGCAGAUACAAGGACAAAAUGAGAGAGACUACCGAUUGUUCUUAGAUGAUCACAGAAACAGAAUUAAAGAGGUACUUGCAUCAGCAAAGGAGGAUCUUGCAAAGCAGAAGAAUGAUCUUUCCAUUCAGAAAGAGGCAGAAAUAAAGAUGUUACUAGACCAAAAGCAGCGAGAAUGGGAGGCUCAGGAAACAAAGAGGCUGCAGGAUGAAAUGAAUCGGUAUGAAGAGAAGACUCUGGUUGAGCUUGAGUACUUGUUGAGUGAAAUCCAUGAAGAACUAGUCAAGUGCACACAUAGUAAGCAUUCUUGGAAGGAUAAGUGUUUUGACGCUCAUGUUCAAUUAAGCCAUCGAUGCAAAGACAAACUGAAGGCUUGCUUACAAAAGGCCUACAGAACCACAGUUUACACAAUUCUGGAAAAGAAAGAGAGAGAAUGGAAAGAGAAAUAUGAAGAGCUACUGACUAAUGCAAAUAAAGAAGCAUACACUUGCCUGCAACGUGGUGAAGGAGAAACUGGGGACGUGGCAAGAUCUCCUGUGUACAAUGUUGGACACCAAGCAGAAGCACAAAGGAGGCUAAGACGACAGCCACCCUUGCAGGAAACUGGAACAGACAAAGAAAAUGAGAAGGUUCUAGAAGCUCUAAUUGCAGAAAACUCUGAGAUGAAGACUAAACUGAAAGACCUGGGAACACCACCAAGGUCACUGUCAAAGGGAGGCGUCUCAAAACCUUGUACAUCCUGUGACUCUGUGAAAGGGCUGGAAGAAAUGCGUGCUCAGUACAUUAAAGCUGUGAGCAAGAUUAAGUGUGAUAUGCUUUAUUAUAUCCGUGAAAGUAAGGAGCGAGCUGCUGAAAUGAUUAAAGCAGAGGUUUUAAGAGAGCGCCAAGAAACAGCACGGAAAAUGCGCAAAUACUAUUUGACAUGCCUUCAACAACUUCUUACUGAUAAUGGGAAACAUGAAGGAGCUGAAAAGAAAAUAAUGAAUGCUGCCAGUAAGCUUGCUACGAUGGCUAAAGGACUUGAAACGCCUCUUCGACACAUUCCCCAAAGCAAAUCUACCCGCUCAGCUCUGCUAUUAAAUUCUGAUCUACCACCUGGAGCUGAGUACUCAAAAAGAGAUCGUAUGCUUCAGACUAGGUCAAACCAUAUGGAAAGCAAAUCAUGUGGCGAAAGCAUUACCGAAAAAGCUAAUGAUGAAGUUGUUCAGAAACAUGUACCGCAUGACUUGAGACAGCGGUUUGAUGCAAUGCAGACUGAAACUCAACAUACGCGUCAUGAAAGAGUGACUUCAGAUAUUCAGAAGGGGAAUAAUUCUAAAAAUCUGGAUGGUGCUUCAAGAGAUGCUCUGUCAGAGUUACAUUCAAAUGAAGAUGGAAGAAGAGAAAGAUAUGGCCCCAUUGUAAAUGUAGACAAAGGUCUCUUGUGUGCUGCUAGUAAUAUAGCACAUCAGAAUGCUCUUCCAUCCGCUUUUCAAGUGGCGUUAGGAGAUAUGCAGGCACCCAGCUUUACAAAUGGCCAUAACGUCUCCGGGCCAGCUCAUCAUACGCUUAAGGGCAAGAAUGAAAGAACGGUCUUGAAAGAGGAUAAAUGUAUCCCGUCAUGUGGAAAAUGGAAAACUAAAUCUAAAAGAACUCAGGAAUUUGAUUUUCCAGAAAGGGAUGAAGGAAGUUGCAGUGAAUGGAGUUCUGUGAAUGGAAGCCCGCGUCUGGAUCGUAGCGAUACGCCCCUCUCGUACCCUGAACAAAAAGCCAGUACUAAUGUGCAAGCACAGACUGCAUGCUGUGAAGAGUUUCCCCACGUCAGGUCAUUUUCCCCCGCAGAUGAAAACGUCGUUACUUCUUGGAGAGACAUUUCUAAUGGCAAUGGCAAGAUUCCUAGCACAAAAAGCAGCACUGAAGUUUGCUGUAGAGGCCACCUGAUAACACACCCAGAGCAUACUUCAUUCCUCAGCUUCGACAAACCAAAUUCUGCUGUCGCACAACUCGAUGUAUCGCCAGAUUCAGCUGUAGGAAAAUGCUGCAACAAAUGCUUGGAAAAAAAUGAUGUGGGAUCCCCGGUCUCUUCAGUAAGAUAG